CAGGUGGGCAGGGCCAUCCUCCCCUGACUGUCUGGGCUGGGAUGCUCAGGGAAGGUCAGCAACAGUCAGGGACAGUCAGGGAAAGUCAGUGAUCCAGCAGCACCUGCACCAUGAGUAUCUCUGUGCUGAGUGUCAUCAGACCCCUGAGCGGUGUCCCUGGGCUCCUGCAAGUGGUCUCCGUGCUAGGGCUGGUUCUGCUGCUGCUCAAGGCAGCACAGCUGUACCUGCACAGGCAGUGGCUGCUCAGAGCAGUCCAGGAGUUCCCGUCCCCUCCUUCCCACUGGCUCUUCGGGCACAGGCAUGAGUUGCAAAAAGAAGAGUACCUGCAACUGCUACUGAAAUGGGUAGAGAAAUUUCCAUGUGCCUGUCCUCGCUGGCUAUGGGGCACAGAAAUGGAGGUCGUGAUCUACGACCCUGACUACAUGAAGCUGAUCCUGGCACGAUCUGACCCAAAGUCUGAUGGUUCCUACAGAUUCCUAGCUCCCUGGCUAGGGUAUGGUUUGCUCCUGUUGAACGGGCAGACGUGGUUCCAGCACCGGAGAAUGCUGACCCCAGCCUUCCACUAUGACAUCCUGAAGCCCUAUGUGGGGCUCAUGGCCGACUCUGUCCAAGUGAUGCUGGACAAAUGGGAGGAGCUCCUCAGCCAGAACUCAUCUCUGGAGAUCUUUGGACACAUCUCCUUGAUGACGUUGGACACCAUUAUGAAGUGUGCCUUCAGUGACCAGGCCAACCACCAGACAGAAAGGAACUCCCAGUCCUACCUUCAAGCCAUUAGGGACCUGAACAGCCUGGUGUUUUCUCGGAUGAUGAAUGUUUUCUACUGGAAAGACAUCAUCUACAGGAUGACCACUGAAGGCCGCUGGAACCACCGGGCCUGCCAGCUUGCCCAUCAACACACAGACCGAGUGAUCAAGUUGAGGAAGGCUCAGCUGCAGGAGGAGGGAAACCUGGAGAAGGUCAGGAGCAAGAAGCACUUGGACUUCCUGGACAUCCUCCUCUUUGCCCAAAUGCAGAACAGGAGCAGCCUUUCUGACAAAGAUCUCCGUGCGGAAGUGGACACCUUCAUGUUUGAGGGCCAUGACACCACAGCCAGUGGCAUCUCCUGGAUCCUCUAUGCUUUGGCCACACACCCAGAGCAUCAGCAGAAAUGCCGGAAGGAGAUCCAGAACCUCCUGAGGGGUGGUGUCUCCAUUACCUGGGACCACCUGGAUCAGAUGCCCUACACCACCAUGUGCAUCAAGGAGGCACUGCGACUCUAUCCGCCAGUUCCAGGUGUUGGCAGAGAGCUCAGCAAGCCCAUCACCUUCCCUGAUGGACGCUCCUUACCCAAAGGGUCUCGGCUAAUGAGAGAGAUCAGAGAAUUCACCAUCAUGGCUCAGAUGGUCCAGUCUCCAAGGAGCCCUCAGGAUGAUGGGAGAGAGUAGCUGAUGACCAGAUCUCAGAUCCCUGCCAUAGCUGGAGGCCACUGUUCGUCUCCUCUUUGCUCUGAAUCCCAGCCCAGCCACAUCCUAGCUGGGUGGUCAGAGGCAAGUUGCUCAGCUUCUCUGAGAAUCAGGUGCCUCAUGGGAAUGAUGGAGAUGUGAGCCUUCAUUGGAAGGUUAUUGUGAGGAUGUAGGUGUUUAUGGAUAUUUCCAAGAGGCC